AAACGCAAAACCCACCCACUCCAUUUCACCCAGCACCGCCGCGCAACUCCACCAGGGCACCACCUCUCUCCCCCUUCCCCUCCCCAGUCUCCGGCGAGAGCGCGCGCGCGCACGAGCGAUGGCGCAGGCCCCGCCCACCUUGCGGCUGCGCGGCGGCGACGGGGAGGUGUUCGAGGUGGACGCGCGGAGGCUGGCGGCGCUCUUCCCGGCCUUCGUCCUCAGGGUCCCCGCCAUCCACAACCUCGGCGUCUUCAACCUCAUCAGCGCGUACCGCAAGUUCGAGGCCAGCGGCAGGCACACCGCCCCAGACGUGGAGACCGCCUUCGUGAAGACCAUCGGCGACCUCGACAACCUCGCCCGCGUCGUCUCGGCUGCAGUGCAGCUGGAAGAUCAUGCCCUGCUGAACCUGUGCCUGCGAGCGACAAUUGUGAUUAUCGGGCAGGCAAGGGCUGCGGGAAAUCUCCAGAAUUUGCAGGGACAGGAGGAGAACUAGUGAGCUUGUGGGUUCAUGCCAUGAUUUUUCUUGAAUAGCAUCCUACAUCCGCACUUUUAGCCCUUAGUAGAGAUCUGAAACUUGUUUGUCUCAGCUAGCCUCAGUUUCCAGAUCAAGUUCAUAGCUCUUAGAGGAAAAAUAUCUAGUAUCUGCGACGCCAAUCAGAGAUUCCGUCGCUGCUUCUGGUUGGCCCCAUGGAACUAAGUCCUAAUCUGUAGUAUAUCUCAUGUUGCUGUCAUGCGUUUUGGGAACUGUUGAAGUUCACUGUAAAUCCUUUUGUUUCGUGAAGCACAUCACAAAAUUUCAGCUGGGCACGAGAAGUUAUGUUUUUGUCUUCCUGGUCUUAUCAGAAUUAUGUCUGGUGAGUACAUGAAACGUAGUUGAACUUGCUGCUA